AUGGGAGUCACAAUGGCUCUAUUUGCAAUAUUCCUAGCUAUUAUUUUGGAGAUUUAUACUUCUUUUGUUUUAUUGGAUGGAAAGUGUGUUACAUUUAGUGACUUUAAGUGA